AUGGACCAGUCCAUCAUUCGCAUCUCCAAGGAGCUGGGUGACAUCCAGAAGAACUGUGACUUGUCGCUCGCCGUAGCAUGUCGCGACAUCGAUGUUCGCAAUGUAAAGGCCCUGAUCAUGGGUCCCCAUGAGACUCCCUAUGAAUUCGGGUUCUUCGAGUUUGCCAUUCGGUUCCACAAAGAAUAUCCUUCCAGAUCUCCGAGUGUAAUCUGUAUCACCACAAACGGGGGACGUUGUCGCUUCAACCCCAAUGUCUACAGCAACGGGAAAGUCUGCCUAUCAAUUCUAGGAACAUGGCGUGGGGAGCGUGGAGAAGAGUGGUCAUCUGCGCAAGGACUUGAAUCAAUUCUAUUAUCCAUCCAAAGUCUCCUUUCAUCUAACCCCUACGAGAACGAACCGGGCUUCGAGGAUGCCAACGAUGAAAGCGACAAGAAGAACCAAAAGGACUAUAUCCAAAAGAUUCGACACGAGACACUACGUAUCAGCGUCAUCCAACGUCUGGAAGGCUAUCUUGGAAUGAACCCCAGUGGCACCCAGUUGCACAAUCUUCCAGGAGCGAAUGAGAUGGAUGAUGAUGACAUUGACGAGGCUACCGUCCCCUUUGAGCCUUUUAGAGAUCUAUGCAAACGCCGCUUUCUUUGGUAUUACGAAUCAUACCUCGCUGCGAUCGAAAAAGGCAAAUCAGAGACCAAGCCCAACCAGCCUUUUGCAAGAAUGCCGUUCGAGUCGCCAGGAAACAACUCAAUGGAUGGGAAAUUCAAUUAUCCCGAGCUCGGGAGCCGCCUGCAAGCUAUCAAGGCCGCCAUCGAAGCAGAGCCUGAGAGGUGGGCCGCUGAGGGCCUAGAAGCUAAGAAGAAGGAGACAACUGUUGCUGUUAAUCUUCAGCAUCAGUUCGAGCAGGUUGUCGAAGUGUUCAAGCGAGGCGAUAUGCCACAUGACGUUUUUCUCGAGAACGAGAACCCCUUCGUCUGGGUCAUAACCUACUUCGGACGUCCUAUGACCAACCUCGACGGUGGCCUGUUCAGAAUCAAAAUGAACUUCAGCGUCCGUUUCCCCGAAGAGCAACCUCGUGUCAAGUUCGAGACCAAGAUCUUUCACCACCACAUCGCUGCAGACGGUACAGCAUGCUACACUCCGAACCCUAUGAAAAGGGAAGAUGUACGGUCCCAUAUUGAUGCCAUCUUUGCGAUACUUGAAGAUGAUGAGCCAGCCUAUGACCCACGCAAAAUUGUGAACCCGGAAGCGACCAAAAUGUACUGGGGAGGAAGCCCAGACGACAAGAAGAAAUACAACCGACGUCUUCGCCGAUCCGUACAGCAGAGCAUGGAGGACUUCCCAGAGUAA